GUAGAGGUGACGGGGAAGUGUGCGCGUAGUCACCAGUUCGCUUACAGAUAUCCACGAGGAUACACGCGCCAAACGUUGUUUCACAUAAACAAAACAUUAAAUACAGUGCACAUAAAGUGGAGAUACAAUAAUUUAACCCCUCUUGUGAUAUUUUUUUAUUAUAAGCUACUCUAUCUCUAGGUAAACUCAAAAUGCCCGCUGAAUCGGAAGCUCUCACAAAAGUUGUGUUGCACGAUGUCACGCCUGAAGUAUCGAAGCACAUGUUGUCGGAUGUGUCACAACUACCAGGCGUACAACUGGGUGAUUUUCUCCUCCAAUUCGAGUUAGACGAGCCUAAAGAAUCGGUUCGUGAGAUUGCUAGAAAAGAAUUACGUGAGACUCCUGAAAUUGUCAAUCCCGCUGUUGAAGAAUUACGAAGACUGUUAGAAGAGGAUAAGGAACUUUACGUACCCUGUGACAGGGAUGCAUGGCUCAUCAGAUUUCUCAGACCCUGCAAAUUUUAUCCUGAAAGCGCUUACGACUUGAUCAAACGCUACUAUUCGUUCAAAUUGAAGCAUCACAAGCAUUACGAGGGCCUGACGCCAAGCAAGGAACAAAAUGUCUUCAAUCAGAAUGUACUUAAGGUGCUACCUACGAGAGACCAGCUUGGACGACGAGUACUUGUUUUGGAACUAGGCAAAAAAUGGGAUCACAACAAAUGCAACUUGGAUGAGGUGUUCAAAGGAUGCGUCCUUUUCUUGGAGGCGGCGAUGCUGGAGCCCGAAACACAAAUCUGCGGCGCCGUCGUUAUAUUUGAUAUGGAUGGUCUUUGUCUUCAACAAGCUUGGCAGUUCACUCCCCAGUUCGCCAAGAGAAUCGUCGAUUGGCUGCAGGAAUGCAUACCGCUCCGUAUCAAGGGUCUGUACAUAAUAAAUCAGCCGUAUAUCUUCAACAUGGUGUUCCAACUGUUCAAGCCUCUUCUCAAAGAGAAGCUACGAUCAAGAAUAGUAUUUAUGGGGAAUGAUAGGGAGCUUCUAUACAAAUACAUUAGUCCCAAGUGUCUGCCAGACAAGUAUGGAGGGAGUCUGUCCAUACCAGAUGUGAGCGGCUCACAGUGGCUUGAAUUAUUGAUGCAUUGCGAUAAAGAAUUCCAUGCUAUCAACUCAUAUGGCUACAAGAAAAAUUAAUAGUAAUUGGCAAAAAUCACACGCCUACAGAAAAGAAGAGAUAAAGCGUGUAUUUCAAAAUAGAAUCUGAGGUUAUUUAAGAUUAUCUGCAGUUCUAUAUUGGUGCUUAAAGUGAUACUGUAUUUGCUCAUAAAUAAAAUAGCUCUUACGGUGAAGAGUCGUACAAUAUUUUAGGAAUAAAUCAUUACUUAAUUAAAUGUUUGAACGCGUAAGUUUACUAUUGCAUCAUAAAAAAAAUUACAUUCCUAUUAAUAAAAUACAAAAUAACUUAUAGUCAAAUGUUUUCUCUAAAGAAUGAUAUAAUUAAGGUAAAGGCUGUGAUAUCCGAUAUUUGGCAACGGAGAAAAGGUCAAAUAUGCACAAAAUAUCAAUGAGCUUAUUGGUAUGUACUUAGUAAAUUAUAGUUAUAAACUUGGUACUAAUAUUUUAAUAAAUUUAUGUAUAAGAUGCCUUACUUGCCCGUGUGUUUAAUGUUGAUAUAUAAUGUUUAUAUACUAAGUGGUUUAUAGUAAUGUUAAAUGUAAUAAACUAUUCAUAAAACCGUUUGGCGGGACCAAGAAUUUAAUAAUAACAUCAUCUCACCUGAACUAGGUAUACAAUAUACAUAUGCAAUUCUAAGAAUAAUAACGCCUAGAGAUCGACUACGCGCAAGUAAAGUGAGGUAAUGUAAACUAAUCAUCUGUUGUCACGCUACACAUAUAAAAGCUUUGUAUGUGUGCGUGUCAGCGAACCUAAUUAAAACUCACUUGCUCACGAACACAUCUGUUUUUUGGAUUUUGGAUAACCCUUUAACAUAGAUGUUUAUCGUUAGUUAAUAGAACUAUAAAUUUGCAAAGAAUUAAUUCCUUUGUUCUCCACAGAAGCACAAAACCACGCAGUAAGUAAAUAACUAAUUUGUUUUCUUACUUCGUGGUUUUGUGCUUUUGUCGUAAGUACGAUAAUAAGUUUGUUACAAAUCUUUAUUUUUUAAAUUGUUUACAAAAUUUUACAUCUUAAUUUUUUUAUAAGUCGUAUAUCACAGAACAAAUAAAAAAUGUUAGAAAGAAAAUAGUUCCUAAUUUUUUUUAGAAAGUGUUACGCCACUUUUUAGAACGCACUACAAUGCACGAUCGCUCGCUUGCAUCGAUCAUAAAUAACAACUAUUAAUCGAAGAUCUGUGGUAUGUCUGUGGCAUAUAUGGUAACUGUUAAUAAACCAUAAUAUCAUAAUUAAUUAUUGUGUGUAUUUUUAAACAACGAUUUAAAGGUUAUGGUGAGAUGAAAUGAUCUUAAACAUUUUAUACUUUAAUACAUACGAAUAAUACUUAACUUAGCUAGUUGUAAUAAUAUUUUAGUGAUAAUUUUGUAAUUGAAUAAGGGAAUAGUAUGUUAUCAAUUUAUAAUCAAUGCAAUA